CUCCCUCUGAAAGUUGCACAUGGAUUCAUUCUGCAGAGGUUUUUAGUCUCCUCAGGCUGUUGAUGGGAGAGGGAUGAGAGCACAGAGCUCCAAUCUAAGGCACUUUUAGCACUUUGAACACCAUUAUUGUAAUUCACCUAAAGAUCAGACCACUAUUAAACUACACGUACACAUGUUUUUGUCUAUUUUAAGAUGCAAAUGAAUUAGCUUGUUUUGCACCAUAUUUUAAACUCUGGCAGAACAUUGAGGAGCUUUUGGACUUUCACCAUUUUUUUCUUUGUUUUUUGGGACUUGGAAAAUGAAUGUCAAUUCCUCAACCUGCUGACCGCUUUGACCCGUGCACUUGUUUUGCGGAAAGGAGCCGAGGAGGCUGCGACAUCACCACUACCACAACCACGAGCGUCAAGCUGAGCAUUAGUGAGCCCAAGUGAGGGACCAUGAAAGACAGCUAUGGAGGAUAUGAGAACCAGCUUUUCAAAGAGGAGGAGUUCAAUGGCGAGGAGGAGGAAAUACCUCCUUUUAGAGGUCGCACUCGAGGAGGUUGUGUGAGGUGCCAGCUGAGCCAUUCCCUCCAACUGGCUGUCAAAGUCCUAUACGCAUUAGUUGCAUUCCUGAUCAUCACUGUCGUAGUGCUGGCCUCGCUAGUGUUUAGGAAGGUUGACUAUUUAUCUGAGGAAGAGUCAGUCUAUGACAAGAAAAUCACCAGGGCACAGAAAGUCAUAGACGAAAUCAGUAACUGCUCCAGCUGUCUGGACGUGACCCUGUACAGUGAGGAGAUAAAUCGACUCAAGCAGGAGUUCGAGGACAUCCAGAAAAUGUUACUGGGACAAGAGCAGGUCCUGGACCAAGCCUCUCAGACACAGACCAAGCUAACAGGCACCAGCAAACAGCUGAGCACAGAUAUGCAAAACCACGUCAUCUCAAUCAAAUUUCUCAACCAGUUGCUGGUGGGAUACCAAGACCAGGUGGAAGGUUGGAAGGACGUGAUAGAGGAAACGGAAGAGAGAAUGAAAACUUUGACAGAGGAUCAGUAUGACGUUAAAGCUACUGCCCAGCAAAUCAACACAACAGUGGCACUUAGCACUAUGUGGAUUGAUGCUCUGCAGAAAAAAUCAGAUGAGGAGACUCUGGUCCUCCAGAAGUUGACCAACGACUGGCAGAACUACAGUCAAGUUUUGGGCACGAUUAAAGCCAACGCGAGCAGCAACAGCCAAAUGUUACGGUCCCUCCAAAACAGCAUCAUCGCCGACCACCAGAGAAUCUCCAUUUCCUCUGAGAUGUACUAUGAUCUCAGUCUGCAGGUGAUGAACCUGCAGGUGCAACUCGACAAUGUCACAUCUUUCAUGGAUGAACAUGAGGAGAACAUGCAUGACUUGCACUACCAUUCCAAAUACUACGAAAACCGGACUGGGGAACGUUUCUCUGCCUUGGACGGUCGUCUGAACUCCAUCGAGAUGGAGAUAGAUACGAUAUCAUCCAGCAUCAAUGCCACUGUCAGUCACGUCCAGAGCAUGUAUAAGUACAUCAACAUUGAGAGCUCCACCUGCCAGAGCCGCCUGAGCAGACAAAUGGAAGAUCUGCAGAACAUAAACAGCAGCGUCUUGUUACUUCUUAACUCAGCAGACACACUGAGGCAGCAGAACGUGUUGUUAAAUAUCCGUUUGGAUGUGGAUGUCAGGAACUUGUCCAUGGUGAUGGAGGAGAUGAAGUUGGUGGACACUCACCAUACACAACUGAUCAAGAACUUCACUAUAUUAAGAGGUGCUCCAGGACCCCCCGGCCCCAAAGGUAACCGUGGAGAGACUGGGUUAAAAGGACCUCUUGGACUGACCGGGGGCAAAGGUGAUAGAGGCCCAAUAGGUAGCCGUGGAUUGCAAGGAGAAAAGGGCUCUUCUGGGCCCAAAGGUGUGCCUGGUCAAUCCGGCCCUAGUGGCAAUAAAGGACCGAUAGGUAACGCAGGGCCCAAAGGAGGCCCUGGUCAACCAGGACCACGUAGUGAGAAGGGCCAGAAAGGUGAUAUGGGUCCAAUUGGUAAAACUGGGGUUCCAGGACCAAGAGGUCCAUCAGGAAUCCAGGGUCAGACAGGACUACCAGGUAUAAUUGGACCACUAGGACCUAGAGGGAAACCAGGACCAACUGGGCCCCCUGGACCACCAGGAACCCCUGGACCUCCAGGAGCACAAUAUUCCAAUAAUCCAUCCAGCACACAGCAGAGAAGCCAACCUGCUGCUGGAGCCAAAAGACAGUAACGGGCUGGAAUUGGACGUGGACUCAAGUGAGUUAAAUGGAGCACAAAGAAACAAUUGAAGAAGAGUUUCUAAGAAAAAUAAAAAAAAAAGACCUACAGUAAUUAAAACUGGACAUUUGAAGAUGAUGAAGAUUCCCAAUAAUGGUAGAGAGCACUACCUACAGACUGAACAUCAUCUGACACCUUGCAUUAUUGUGUAAUAUAGGUUGCCUUCACCCACCUUGCCACGUCAGAAAAUAACAGAUGUUUUUUUCCAGGGUAAAACACACUACUAAGUGAUGAUGAAACAUCGCUGUUAUUAAACCCGAAUGUACUGACUGAAAAUGAAGGUUGUUUGUGCCAUGAGAAGGAGGGUUACUACUAACUUUAAACAAUGUAGUCUUCAUUCAUUAUCUAUAUGCAGACACACCUUUCUCUGAAGGAUGGCACUUUAAUGGUUCUAUAAUUGUAGAUGAGCAAUUUGUCAUUUUGUGGCUUUUCGGAGCAGGUACUCUGAAGAUGAAAUUUGCAUCUGUUGUGUUAAACAGGUGAUUGAAGAAUUUGAAAAUCAAGUUGUACAAUUCAUUUGAAGUCUCCAAUGGCCAUUAGCAGUUUACAAUACCGGUACUGCAUGUACAAUGUUGAGCUCAAACAUUGUCAUUUUUGCUAAAAUAUUUGUGGAAAUACAUACUGUAUUCUCUCACAGUGAACAAGAUUUGAAAGAUUGUAUUGUGUUGGUGUGAUAAAAAAGUGGAAUGUAGCCAGAUGGCAAUUCUCUUAGCAUAGUUUAUUACAUAAAAUGUAUUUUUAAAAAUUGCUGGUUAAAAGCAAGGGUAAAUACCACAAUUACUUGCCAAACUAUCCGAGACCAAGACUUGCCCGUGACCAGAGCUCACCAAGACAAUACCAAGACUUUUGGGAGUUGAGACCAAGUCAAGACCAAGAUCAAGACAAGUCAAGACCGAGACUAGACCAAGACUGAAACAAGCUGAGACCGUGAAAAGACCAAGAGCAUAAAAAUCCAUUUUAAAAACCAUGACCAUGACUCUUUCCAGAAAUAUUCAUUUCAAAAAGAUGGUGUUAAGUACAGUUAACGUUAGGUUACCUGUGUUUUUGUUUUCUUUUAAGAUGCCAGCUAAUAUUCAACUUCGUCCCCGCUGUUUCAGUGAGUUGAAGAUCGCAGAAUUUGUACCCCACAGAGUGUUUUCUUUUGCAUGUUGUUUUCCAUAUGAAGUCUUUAUGGCAGGGGAAGCCAAAUUUAAUUAUCGUUGCUUUGGCGGACAUGUCUUGCUCUGGGCUCCCCUUGCUCAGUUUCGUACUUACCUUUCACUUCCGCUUGCAUGCGCACCCCGAAGGUUGCAGUCAUUACGGGGAUGGUACGAGGUUAGCAAACAAAUGAAUUGCAGGUAUUUGUCAUUUUACUAAUAGUUUCUCCUUAUUUUCACAUUAAUGAAGUUGAAGAAUAGCAGAUCAGGGAUGGUCUUGACCGGUCUUGACGGAAAAUGCUGAGUCCGGCCAGUCCGAAACUGAGACGAGACCAACACUUUCAAAAUGUGGUCUCAGGACCAAGACUGGCCUCGAGUGUUACAACAUUAGUGUAGUGAACAAACAUGUCCUCUUUAUUUUGGUGUUAAUGGUAAGCUAAGAUUAAUCAGCUAACCUUUCACCACAAAUGCUGUAGAAGAAUACAUAGCAUUGGUUCUUGUUCGUCAAAUGAGAAUAAGCUCUGAAGUCUUUGUCAACUGACUAAAAAGUGCAUUGAUUGGUGUAUUACCACAGUUUGUACUUCUGCUGUUAUAGUAGAGUCAUCACUUUUCAUUUUACACGUGGAAAAGUAUUUUAUAUCAAAGAAAUAAAAAUACAGAUUCAUACUAUUUUUUAUUUUUUUAUAUAUUUUUUUUUAAAUAAAACUGAGUUUUGUCAUGAAAUGCAACCGGCUUGCAUUGAACAAUAAAAGUAGACAUUUAA